AUGAUUAGAACAACAUCAGGUGAAGAUUCUAUUCAUAUUGGAAUAGAUUUAGGAACAACAUAUUCAUCUAUUGCUAUAUAUUCUGAAAAUGAAGAUAAAAACGAUCCAAUAGAAGUCCUAGAAAUAUCAAAUAAUGAAUUUUCAAUACCAUCGUGGGUUAUGCUAUUGAAUAGAGGUAAUGGAAUUAAAACUUACCAAGCAGGAAUUUUAGCAAAAGUUAGUGGUGGUAUUUGUCUUCAUGAUUCUAAAAGAUUAAUAGGAGAAACAGUUAAACAUUAUAAUGAACAAAAGAGCUUAUUACCAUCAUUUACAUCUUUUAUAGUUUCAACAGAAAAUGAUGAAAUAAAAAUGCGUGUUGAAGAUCCUCUUAAUCCAUCACAAACAGAAAGUUUUUAUCCAAUUGAAGUAUCAGCAAUGCUUCUUAGAGCAAUAUAUAAGAUACUCAGGCAAAGAAUAGGAAAUAAAAAAAUAGGAAAAGUAGUUGUUACCGUUCCUGUUUCUUUUACACCAAAACAAAAGAAAGAAACAAUUCAAGCAUGUAAAAUGGCAGGAUUUGAAAAUAUUUCACUAUUAUAUGAACCGACAGCAUCAGUUAUAGAAUUUGAUAGAGAGUUCCAUUUAAAAGAUAAUUCUAAAAUUGUUGUGAUUGAUUGUGGAGGAGAUACAAUAGAUGUUACUUGUUGUAUUUUCCAUAAAGAUAAAAAAAGAGAUAAAGAUUCAAAAAUAGAAUGUAUUAGAAAUGAAAGAGAUCUUAGUCUUGGUGGAAACAAUUUUGAUGACUGUCUUAUUACAAUUAUUCUUGAUAAAAUAAAACAAUAUAUUGGUGAUACUGAAUUUCAAAGAUUGUUUAAAGUCAAAACUUGUGAUACCAAAUGUGUUAGAAAGAUGAAAGAAAAAAGGAUGAAAAAAAUUAGAAAUAUUGCAGAAGAUAUUAAAAAGUCAUUUUCUGGAAACUCACAUUGUUCAACUAUUCAACUUGAUUCAAUUACGGAAAAAUUUGAAGGAGAAAUUACUAUAACUAGCGAUGAAUUUGAGUCACAGUGUAUAAAAGAUAAAAUAUUUGAAAAGAUUGAACAGUGUGUAAAAAGUGUUGUAGAUAGUGCAAAUUGGAAAGUUGGUGAUGUAAAUUAUGUUUUAGCUAUUGGUGGAUCUUGUAGUAAUCCAUUUGUUAGAAAAUCACUUUCUCAAAUAUUUGGAAGUGAUAAGGUUGUAGGACCUUAUUUUAAUUCGUACACAUGUGUUGUUAAAGGAGCAGCAUAUAGAGCACAUCAAUUAUCAAUGGAUAAUGAAGACACUGUCGUAGAAGUUAUGCCAUACACACUUGGGCUUAGCGUAGCUAAUAACGAAUUUAUUGUUUUUGCACGAAAAGGACAACAACUUCCAAUUACUUUUGAAACAGUAAUUUCUUAUUCUGGAGAUGAUUCUAGGAGUAUCAGAAAUUCAAUUUAUAAAGGAGAGGGUAAGAGAAUAAAUGAAGAAGGAAUGGAGCUUGUUACUUCAGUGACAAUAGAAGAGCUUUCACCAGGAUUCAAGAAAGGAGAAGUUAAAUUGAUUUACAAAAUAACAGUUAACAGAAGUGGUCUUGUUGAAGUUGAAAUAUUCAAAAAAGACACAGGAAAGCUUCUUGAAAAAAUGAUAGUGUUUGUGAAUUUAGGGUUUGAUAAAGAUAUGCUCAAGAAGAUUCAACAACAUCUUGAACCUUAUUUCAGAAAUUCAGAUAAGUUCUAA